AUGGUCACCUCCCUGAAAAUAAGGGCCGGAAUUACAGCUGCUGACGUCGCUGACGACUUCGCGACCCCCUGUGGUGAGCCUCCUUGUACCGCGCCGCCCUCCCUGCCGCGCCCGCGCCGCACGCGCUUCUGCCAGCGCUGCAACCCCUGCGCGUGUAUCUCACCUGCCAUCUCGCUUCACCCGCAUGCGCCCCUCUACUCCUUCCCCUCCGCUUCCCGCAUGCGCCCUUCCCCUCUCUUCCUUCCCCUCCGCUGUCAGGAGUUCGACCUGGCGGGGCGUUAUCUCCUCCCCGGCCUGUGCGAUGCGCACGUGCACGUCACAGCGGCGGCGAGCGCAGAUCUGCACGCGCUGGCGGCGCUGCCCGUGUCGCUGGUGGCGUGCCGUGCUGUCAGGGGGCUGCAGGCGAUGCUCAUGAGAGGCUUCACCACCGUGCGCGAUGCUGGGGGGUGCGACCAGGGGCUGGCUCAGGCAGUGGAGGAGGGCAAAGUGACUGGUCCACGUAUCCUCAUAUCAGGCCACGCCCUCUCCCAGACAGGCGGUCACGGGGACAUGCGCAAGCCCUCCCACGACACCCUCCCCGUCGCCGCCCCCUCCUCCUUCUCCCUCUGCGCUUGUUCCUCCGCUGCUUCUGCCCUCGGCGGCCUGGGCAUCGGCCGCGUCUGCAACGGCGAGGCUGAGGUUCGGCGGGCGGUUCGGGAGGAGCUUCGGCGGGGAGCGCGGCAGAUCAAGUUGAUGGCGUCGGGCGGCGUAUCCUCACCAUCAGAUCGCGUGGAGAGCGUGCAGUUCUUGGAAGGGGAGAUGCGGGCGGCGGUGGAGGAGGCAGAGGCGCAGGGCAUGUAUGUGAUGGCGCAUGCUUACACUGCUCGUGCGAUUAAGCGGGCAGUGGCUUGUGGCGUUCGGAGCAUCGAGCAUGGCAACAUGCUGGACGAGGAAGCAGCCCACCUCAUGCUGCAGAGAGGAAGCUUCCUGGUGCCCACGCUGGUGACGUACGAGCGGAUCAAACAGGCUGGGCAACAGAGCGGCAUGGAUGGCAGCAUCGUUGCCAAGGUGCAAGACCUGCUAGAGAGGGGGCUUGAAGCCGUGGCGAUGGCCGAAAGGAAGGGCGUGCCCAUAGUCUUUGGCUCGGACCUCCUGGGCCCCAUGCAGUCCCACCAGCUGCAGGAGUUAGCCAUCCGCAGCAAGGUGCAAUCACCAGCGUCGAUUCUUCGGUCUGCUACAACUGCUGCCGCACGGCUUUUUGGCAUGGAAGGAGAAAUCGGGGUGGUGGUGGUUGGUGCGCUCGCGGAUUUGAUUGUCUUGGAUGUGAAUCCCUUGGAAGAUAUAAGCAUAUUGACGGAUUCUAAUAACCUUAAGCUGAUCAUGAAGGAGGGGACUGUGUUUAAGAGGGAUAUACCGGUAUAG